GGUCAUCAGAUGGCAAAUUUUUUUUCUUCCCCAGCUUGACAAAAUUGUUCGCAGCCGACGUCGGCUAGUGGGAAACAUUCCGAUAGACUUGGCACGAAGACAAAUUCUAACACAUGGUAUGGGCAUUUAGAUGCUUGCUGAGUGUGUGAGUCUAGUCGUGGCUGAAGACGAUUGCACAUCGUGCGGGAACUGUAUCUGCCAACUCGUCUGCAGCUAGUUCACCUUUGCCAACAUGGUGUCCUUGACCGACAAACGCCCUGAUAAGCUAGGAUUCAAAGCAAGAUUCGAGAGUUUCUUCGAUACGACUUCCAAAAUUGUCAACACAAGCGAUCGCAGAAACCCCGUCGAUGAAGAAAGCACAAAUCAACCCGAUGAAGCACUUGUUUCUCAAGAUGCCCAAGCUGGUGUACAGCGUGUCCAGGCAACAGCUACGGUCUGGACAAGGUCACACCUCAUCGGUGCACACAUCUGCAUUUGGCUCAUCUACUUUGUCGUUUCACUGGAAGAGGUUGUUCUUCGUUCUUUAAAUCCUUAUGUCACGAGUUCUUUCUCGUUGCAUUCUCUGACAUCCGCCACCAAUAUCAUGUCCAGCAUCAUUGGCGGAGUAGCUAAGAUUCCGACUGCCAAGAUUCUGGAUACAUGGGGAAGACCUCAGGGUAUUGGACUGAUGACCUUUAUUUGGGUAAUCGGGUAUAUCAUGAUGGCCUCUUGCAAAAAUGUGCAAACAUAUGCCGCUGCUCAGGUGUUCUCUGUGACUGGCGCACAAGGUGUAAGCUACUGCCUCACAGUCUUCAUUUCGGAUACAUCGACACUCAAGAAUCGUUCGCUGAUGCUUUCUAUCGCGACCUCGCCGUACAUCGUCACUACUUGGCUAGGAGGCCCGGUUUCUCAAAGUAUCAUCGAAGGUCCCGGCUGGCGAUGGGGAUUUGGUAUCUUUGCUGUUGUAGUCCCUGUGGUCGUGGCCCCUUUGACAAUCUUAUUUCUGUACAACCAGCGAAAGGCUCAAAAUCAAGGCCUCGUCAAGCCUGUACGUAUCAGUCUCCGUCCGGAAGCGCUGAAGCGGUACGCGAUUGAGGUCGACUUGCUUGGUAUUAUUAUCCUUGCAAGUGGAAUGGCGCUUUUCCUGCUUCCCUUCAGCCUUUACUCUUAUCAAAAAGACAAGUUCCGCUCUCCGAUGAUCAUUUGUAUGAUCACCUUCGGCGGCGCAUUGCUCGUCUUCUUCACUUUUUGGGAGAGGUACUUGGCGCAAAAAACAUUCAUUCCUUUCGAGCUUCUGAUGGAUCGAACCGUCUUCUGCGCAGGAUUGAUGUUCGUUUUUGUCUUCUUCAACUCAAUGGUUUGGGGCAGCUACUUUUUCUCUAUGUUGCAGGUUGUAUGGGGUCUCAGCAUCACUAACGCGACCUACGUCAGCGCCAUAUACCGGGUCGGUUCUUGUCUCUGGGCAUUGGUGGUUGGGCUUUUGAUCCGAUGGACUGGUCGAUUCAAAUGGCUUGCAUUGUACUUUGCAAUCCCAUUGAUGAUGUUGGGCGUUGGUCUUAUGAUCGAGUUCCGGCGCCCAAACAGUGAUAUUGGGUACAUUGUUAUGACCCAGAUCUUUGUGGCAUUUUCGGGUGGAACGAUUGUUCUGUGCGGCGAGUUGGCUAUGUUGGCUCCAUCAAAUCAACAACACAUCGCCGCUAUCAUUGCCAUUUUGAAUUUGUUUGGCAGUAUCGGCAGUGCAGUGGGAGGGACUGUCGCCACAGCCAUUUGGACAAGCGUCUUUCCUGCGGCCCUCCGAAGGUACCUUCCUGCAGAUGUUGAUGCAAAGAAGGUUUACGGAUCAAUCAUUGCUCAGCUUUACUACAGGCCUGGAACACCAGCUCGAGACGCUAUCAACCGAUCGUACGGGGAAGCACAACGCUACAUGCUCAUCACAAGUCUUGCACUACUGGGUGGUGCGUUCGUAUGUGUAGCAUUGUGGCGGGAUAUUCGCAUCAAAGAUAUAAAACAGGUCAAGGGACGUGUGAUUUAGAUCUAUACCAUAGGGCUUUCUCAUUGUCUUUACACCAGCAAAUGCAGAGCAAGAACCUCAAA